AUGUCAAGAAAAGUGAAAGUUACAGAAAAUCAACCUGUGUGGACCCUGUGUGGACCCUGUGUGGACCCUGUGUGGACCCUGUGUGGACCCUGUGUGGACCCUGUGUGGACCCUGUGUGGACCCAGUGUGGACCCAGUGUGGACCCAGUGUGGACCCAGUGUGGACCCAGUGUGGACCCUGUGUGGACCCUGUGUGGACCCUGUGUGGACCCUGUGUGGACCCUGUGUGGACCCUGUGUGGACCCUGUGUGGACCCUGUGUGGACCCUGUGUGGACCCUGUGUGGACCCUGUGUGGUGGAUGGUGUGGCUUUUUAG